AUGGUCGCGAAACGCGUCGGUUUCGCUUUGACGCUGUGCGCGGUGAUUCUUUCUUCGUUCGGUGCAAAACCAGCGUCGGCAAAUUUUCCCGUCGUUAGGUUUAAAAACUCUACGGUCGGGAUCGUGACGGAGAAGUCUGGCGACGUGUUGAUACGAGGGAAUCUCGUUUCUAUGAACGGUGAUCUGGUUCUUUCAGAGAACGGGAAUGUUAUAAACGUCACGGAAGCGAUGAUCAAUCUGCGAGCAAAGGAGAAGGACAUGGUCGCGCGCGUAUCGAAAAUAAGAGAAAGCGGAAGAUUGAGAAACUUUGGGUGUAACCCUUUAAAUACCGAGUACAUUGAAAAAAAUACCACCUCUGGGGAAUACGGAGAGUGCGUUUGUAAAGAGGGUUACGCGGGGGUGGAGUGCGAAAGUAUCGCUUAG